UCAAUUCCUAAAGAAGCCAAAAUCCACCCAAGAUGCCUCAAGUCUUAGGCCCAAUUGGCGACACGCCAUACGUCCAAAAACCAAAAGAACCAACCUCCAACACAUCUCCUGUCCACAAUGGCGGUUAUACAAGUUUAGGGAACGCCGGUGGAAAUGUCUACAUGUCAACCACCGAACCAACAACUCCUUCCUCAGUAAUUGACACUGUCAAGAGAGCCUUUACAGGAGGUUCCACAAACCAAAAAACAGGAGCUGGUGAACCUUUGCUCAAUGCCAAUGGAAGAAGCAACAAAAUUGUGAGCGGGCGUCAGACAAGCGCUGCCAACAUUGCGAACGUUAGGAACACGAAUUCAGACAUGCCGGCGCCAAAUUCGGCGGAAGAGACCGCCCUUCUUGGCAACACCAUGCCUUGUGAUCCAAUGGACGACAUCGAACUAAAAUCAAUUCAGCUCCAAUUUCCAUCAUCAAGAACUGCUCCAAGGCAGAGCAUUGGAACAAUUUCCAGAGUCCCUACUGAUCAUGGUGAAUUGCAAGUUGCUGUAGUUGGUGAUUGCACAAAACCAGCAAUUCUGACUUAUCAUGAUCUUGGAUUGAACUAUUCGUCAAGUUUCAGUGCUUUCUUUAAUUAUCCUUCAAUGAGAGCUCUACUUGAAAACUUUUGCGUUUAUCAUGUCACCGCACCUGGACAAGAAGAAGGAGCUCCUACUUACCCAGAAGACUAUGUGUAUCCUACGAUGGACCAACUGGCUGGGCAAUUACCUUUCGUAUUGACUCAUUUUGGACUAAAAUCUGUUAUCGGUUUUGGAGUUGGAUUUGGAGCCAACGUUUUGGCCAGAUUUGCUAUCGAACAUCCAGAACAGGUUGGUGCUCUUUGUCUGGUAAACUGCGUGAGCACGGUUUCUGGUUGGAUCGAAUGGGGUUACCAGAAAUUGAACGCCCGUCAUUUAAAAUCCAAAGGGAUGACCCAGGGUGUUGUGGAUUAUCUGAUGUGGCACCACUUUGGAAGAAAUACAGAAGAGCGUAACCACGACCUCGUCCAAGUCUACAAGAAUUACUUCGAGCAGCAAAUAAAUCCAGUGAAUCUUUCGAUGCUGAUAGACACGUAUUUGAGAAGAACGGAUAUGAAUAUUGCCCGUAGCCCGACAUCCGGACCUCAGAACAACGAUAUGACAUUAAAGAUGCCCGUAAUGAACAUUACAGGAAGCCUAUCGCCACAUGUCGAUGACACUGUCACGUUGAACGGACGUCUGGAUCCAAAGAACUCCACUUGGAUGAAGAUAAGUGAAUGUGGAAUGGUUCUAGAAGAGCAACCUGCCAAAGUAUCCGAAGCUUUCAGACUUUUCCUCCAAGGAGAAGGAUACGCUGUCGGCGCCUUGCAAAAGCUUUCCAGGCUGAGCAUAUCACAUUCUUCAGAUAGUAUAAGUUAUUAGAGUAGAUAAUUAGAUAAUCAUCUAUCAUUUUCACAUAUUGUUUCUUAUUAUUAUUAUUUUGUUAAAAACUUAAUCAGAUUUCCUAACAAGUGUACAUAUUCAUAAACUACAAUUGCCACAAGAACAAUUUUUUGAAUUGAUUAUUAAUUUUUUUUAUCCAAU